AGUUAAAUGGAAACCGUAAUGCUAAACUAACCUAAACGGAGGUUAGAUUGAAAAAGAGCAACUGUACUCAAAUCUUCUCUUGCACUGCCAUUUGCUGCCCGGCUAUCUUUUCUACAAAUCUCUGACUAUCUGUUUAGGGAUAUUGGAUCUCAACCAUAGUUCAAUCAUGGUUCUUCUACAACCAGACCCCUUUCUUAAUGAACUUACGAGCAUGUUUGAGCGAAGCACUGAGACAGGCUCUGUUUGGGUUACUCUUAAACGAUCAUCUUUAAAAUCGAAGGCUCAAAGGAACAAAAUGAAGACUGCUGAACAACCCAUUGAAUAUCGAUGCCUUGUUCGUGCAACUAAUGGAAAAAAGACAAUUUCUACUUCGGUGGGAGCAAAGGAUCACCAGCGUUUCCAAGCUUCAUAUGCCACCAUUCUUAAGGCCCACAUGACUGCCUUGAAGAAAAGGGAGAGAAAGGACCGGAAAAAGGCUGCAGAGGAUAAGAAAGAAGGUGGUUCAAAGAAGCCGAAAAGGGCUUGAAGGGCUUUACUCUUUCCAUUGCCUUCAAGCUGUCAUCAUCACCUAGAAAAUGCUUAGGUUCUUUGUUUUUUCUUUAAAAAAACCAAAAAAAAAUUUCUUUCAAUUUAUGCUCAUUACAGUGAUUACACUUGGAAUUUUGCUUGAAUGCCCCUUAGGUGUGACUUCAAUGGUUCCUUCUUUUAUUCUCAAUAGGUUGAUAAAUUAUAUGAAUUUACAAGAGAUUUUGGUAUUUUGCCUUUAA